GAGCGAGUCCUGAUUGGCCAGAGCAUUUUAGAUUUGCAUAACAGUCAAACGUGUCUGUCUGGAAUGUCUGGAGCUUUCGGAGCAGACACGUACACACUUCUGCUGCCGAGGCCAUGUAAAAUAGUUACAUCUAUCUCUUCGGGAAAGGGACUCGUUACCGCCAGUAUUCACAAGUGUCAGAGACCUACUCAACCUGGCAACCCCGACUGUAUCUCAUCUGGAAAAAGAGAAGGGAAGUAAUGGACGUGGAGAGGAUCUUCCGCGUACACACAAGUGUGGCGAGUGCGACAAGGAGUUUCGUCGACUGAGUGACAUGAAGAGACAUACGUGUACUCACACUGACAAGAAACCCUUUAGGUGCGAGGAUUGCAACAAACAGUUUAGUGGGUUGAGUCAGCUGAAGAUACACAUGCGGACACAUACCGGUGAGAAGCCCUAUAGGUGUGAUGAAUGCAGCAAACAAUUUAGUAAGCUGUGUCAUCUAAAGCAGCACAUGAAGAAUCAUACUGGUGAAAAACCUUACAAGUGUGAGGAAUGCAACAGGCAGUUUAGUCAGCUCGGUUCUCUGAAGAGUCACAUACGGACUCACACCGGUGAGAAACCUUACAGAUGUAAGGAGUGCGGCAGACAGUUCAGUCAGCUUUGUGAUCUGAAAAGACACAUGCGGACUCAUACCGGUGAGAAGCCUUACAGGUGUGAUGAAUGCAGCAAACAGUUUCGUGUGCUGUGUCAUCUAAAGAAGCAUAUGCGGACUCAUACUGGAGAGAAGCCCUAUAGGUGCGAAGAAUGCAGCAAACAGUUUAGUCAGCUGUGUCAUCUGAAGCAGCAUAUAAAGACUCACACAGGAGAGACACAAUACAAAUGUGAGGAGUGUGGCAAACAGUUUCGUGAGCUAAGUAAGUUGAAGAUACAUAUUCGGACUCACACGGGUGAGAAACCUUACAAAUGUGAGGAGUGCGGCAAACAGUUCAGCCAGCUUGGCGAUUUGAAGAGUCAUAGGAGGACUCAUACUGGAGAGAAGCCCUAUAAGUGCGAAGAAUGCAGCAAGCAGUUUAGUACGCUGAGUAAUCUGAAGAGACACAUGCGGACUCAUACCGGUGAGAAGCCAUAUAGGUGCGAUGAAUGCAGUAAACAGUUCAGUGUGCUGUAUAGUCUAAAGCAGCAUAUGAAGACUCACACUGGUGAGAAACCUUACAAAUGUGAGGAGUGCAGCAGACAGUUCAGCAGGUGGGGGCAUCUGAAGAAGCAUAUGAGGACUCAUACCGGCGAGAAACUCUACUGGUGUUAAGAAUGCAGUAGGAGCUUUAGUCAGUCGAACCGUGUACAGAGCCACAAGAGAACCCACAGAGAUGCUAGUUCACAGCUACCUGUGUGAAGGUUACAGGCAAGUUCUGCGCCAGUGUAGAUCCAGAGAGACAAAUAGCGAACAGAAGCCACGAACCAAAGUUUACUUGUUUAUAGGAUUUAGUCACUGACGCAAGCUCGAUGCUUUGUCAACGAAUUUGCUGACUGGCUGUUCACAGAUACAUUUAUGUAUACUGGUGAUCUGAUUGAUCUCAUUAUCUUAACCAAUGUGGGGGCUAGAACUUCAAUCUGCUCUUUAUGUUGAAACUUUCGGCGUUGGGAAGAUUUCUGCCAAAUCAACCUAUUGAAAAACCAUUGAGAAUUUCGUGUAUUUUCAUAUAUUUUGUAUUGUAUUGAAUGCUAGAUCAUUGUACUUAGUUGGGUAGAAUAAUGUAGGCGUGGCCCUGGAUUUUAGAUAUUUCAUAUUUGAGUGUGGAUGACAUAGCUACAUGGUAUGGACUGGAUCUGUUUAUUGUUUUUUUAGAGUAGGUAACAUGUACGCCUGUCUGUCAUAUACUUAUAAUUAACCUUCUUUAAAAGAUAUUGAUGUCAAAAUCGCAAGUGUGUUAGUACUGUAAUGUUAGAUUAGAUUGACCCCCCUCUAUAUGUAUGUAGCUAACACGUGUACAUCUCUAGAGGCUGUUGAGACCGUUAAUCAGUAUGUAAACACGACACGUUUUUGUCGACCUUAAAGGAAACAGACAGGGUCAUUUGAGAGGUUGCGGACGGUACGCAUGCAUUGAACGUUAGAAUACAAGUCUUUGUCGUUGAAUUAAUCAACAUUCCGCAUGGCGAUAUCAACCAUUUUCGGCAGAGUUAACGUUAACUUUAACAGGGUUAGUUGAGGCAUUUGAGAGAAUGUUUCUUGGCGGAAAACGCGGGAAAAUUG